AUGUCAACUAAAAUCACACAACAACUCUCGAGAUCCAUCGAUUUACAGUUCGAUGAUCUCUUUCCAACUUCUGCUCAUCACCACGAUGGUGAUGACCGUGACGAAGGAGGUGGUCACCAAUCAACCAUGAACAUGACCAACAUCAAAGGUUCAUGUGCUUCAGAAAUGAAUAACAACAACAACAACAACAAUCUAACAUCAUCAUCAUCUCCGAUGUUUGUAAAGAGAUCAACUCCAACUCCAAUCUCAACAACAAAGACACCAAAGAAAUUCAUUUUCAACAACAACAAUAAUAAUGGUGCCGUUGAUGUUCCUGUUACAACUUCUAAUAAUUUGACAAAGAAAUUAUGGUCACAAGUUGACGCUCAUUCCAACAAUGACAAUAAGUUUGUUUUCACUGGAGACUGUGGUGUGGAUGCUACACCACCAUCACGCACACUUGCCGAUCUGCCACCGAUGAUGAUGAUGAUGGAGAGUCUCGAUUUGGGAGAGCAUCGCAUCUAUCCAGAUGAAUCGGAGUUUGAAACGGUUUCCUCCGACGAGUCCGAUGGCAGCACCGGUAUCUCCACAAGUGGCGACGAGUCAACUCAACAGCCGAUUGACAAAGAGGAUUACAUUCCGCUGAGCUCAUCAAUCAAGAAUGUAAAGACACUGAACCUCUCCACCACUAUCAACCUCUCCAGUUUCACUCAAUCACAUCUAGUUGGAAGAGGUGGAUUCGGAAAAGUACACUUGGUAACAAAGAACGAUUCCAAAUGUGUCUACGCUUUGAAAUCAAUCAAGAAGAAUCAUAUCAUUAAGUAUAAAAGUGUUAUUAAUACACUUGCUGAAAAAGAUAUCUUAAAGAAAGUUAAACAUCCAUUCAUUGUUCAAUUACACUAUGCCUUCCAAGAUGAAAAGAAAUUAUAUCUUGUUAUGGAUUUUGUAAAUGGUGGACAAUUGUUUUAUCAUAUGGUAAAGGAAGCAAUGUUCUCAGAGGCACAAAUGAAAUUCUAUGCUGCCGAGUUGAUUCUUGCUAUUGAGCACCUUCAUAGCUUGAAUAUCAUCCACCGUGAUUUGAAGCCAGAGAAUAUUUUGUUGGACUCUGAGGGUCAUAUCAUUUUGACCGACUUUGGCUUGGCCAAGGAAGAGGUCAGUGAGGAGGGAUCGACCGGUUCCUUCUGUGGCACCAUCGACUACAUGGCACCGGAGAUGAUCCAACGCAAGGUCUAUGGAAAAUCGGUGGACUGGUGGUCACUCGGUGUCUUGAUGUACUACAUGAUUGUCGGCAAACCACCCUUCACCUCGCAGAACAACCACUCGCUGCAGGAUCGCAUCAUCAACGAGAAACUCAAAUUCCCAAAGUUCAUCUCGCCACAGGCCAAAUCGGUGAUCACCGCACUCCUCAUCAAGGAUCCAAAGAAGCGAUUGGGAUGCGACGGCAACGGCACCCAGAAGAUCAAACAACAUCCAUUCUUCAAGAGUAUCCAGUGGCGAAAGUUGGAGGCACGCGAAAUCGAAGCGCCAUUCGUCCCAAAGACCACCGACGUCGGUGACAUCAGCAACUUUGACAUCGAGGGACUCAGAAAAGACAACCGUCCAUCGAUUUCAACUUCACCAACACUAAGCUCAUCGCAACAAGCAUUCUUCCACGGAUUCUCAUUUAUAUAUUUAUAUAGAGAUAUGGAUUCAGAUGAUGAUUUUGAUGAGUUUCAACCAAGAGCAUUUGAGGUUGAUGAUUCCGAACCGACAGAUCUCGAUAGUGAACCUCUGACAGGUGAAGAGUAUCUGAGGCGAGUUAGAUGGGCAGCCAACAAAUGUCCAAAGGUAGUCGUUGCCAAUAUAGACUACUCAAAGAUUAAUAAUAGACCUUCGAGUAAAUAUUUUACACCACCACCAAAGCUUGCGGCUUGCAAACCAGAGUUACUACCGAGCGAAGAAUGGGAAACAAACUUCUUGGCAACUUUCUCUGACUAUAGACUAAGAUUACAACGUCAGAUAUUAUCACAGGAUUCACAGCAACAACAACAACAACAACAACAACAUAUAAAGAUUCCACAUCAAAACGAUAAGAGAUCAUGGUUUAUAUUCUGUUUUGGUACACCUAUUCCAACUGUUUCAACUGGUACAUCAACUGUUACAUCAACAACUUCAAAUGUAAAUAAUACAACUACAAGCUCAACUAUAAAUAAUACAGUUAAUGUUGGUAAUCAACCGAGUCCAAUGAUAUUAAAACAAUUAGAUCAUAUUUUGGUUGUACAACUUUUACAAUAUCAUAUCGAAUGGCUAGAAUCAAAGGAUCUAACGAAAGAACGAUCAUUUUGGUUGUACACUUUACUCUCUAGAUUAGAGAAGCCACUGGAUGCUGAUACUGGUGCAAACUUAAGAGUGUUACUAAGAAGAUUAGCUGUUUUAAGAUCAAAAGUUGAAAGUACAAACGAUAUGAUCUUACCAUCUAUUAAUAUACUUAUGACAAUUAUAUCAAACAAUCUCCAUGGAAUUAUGAUUGUACCAAAUGCCCCCUGCUUGCUUAACAUCAUGCAUGACGGUUUUGCUAAAAUUGUAAAACUAGAAGAAUAUUGGAAUUUGACCAACAAAUUACUCAGUCACUUCAAUAACAAUCUGUUUGAAUCGACAACCGAUGUCUUUUUCCACCAUAGAUUACAGACAUCUAUAAGUAUUGGAUCGCUUUGUUGUAGUGCUCGUUCCAUUGCUUCAUCAAGAUUAUAUCAACAACUUUACCAAUCAUCCGCUGGUGUUAUAGCUACUGAUCAUCCAUUCACCAAUAUCUUUAGAUAUUUACAAUCGUUGGAUAUCUCAUUCAAUCAUCCAAAGAUCAGUGUAGAUAUCGUUGACUCGGUGUUUCGUUUGCUCAGACAACAGGGUGCCACCACUUCAGUGGAGCAUUUGACACUCCAUUCAUUUAAUAGCUUCCCAUUCGAGUUGCUUUCAGAGUUUGAUUCGAUAAGAUCGUUGGAGUUGGAUAUAUCGACCUUUGGUUACAACGCUUCAAAGCAACAGGAUUUCGCCAAGCUAUCAGAGUUUCUAGAGAGUAGAGCCAAGUCGAUUCGAUCGCUCUCUGUCAUCAAUGAUCAAUAA